AUUCGCCCCGUAGACGCAUUCGCUCGUACGCUUCGUCUAAAAGCGGACAUAAGUAGUAGAGGAGGCUCGUCGUCGCACGCCGCCGUCCUCAUCGUUGUAGUCGAACCGUAACAACUGAACGGAUCGAGGCCGAAGAGGAUACAGCCGGAAAUUACCGUCGGGAUUUGUUAAAGUCACGGUGGCGUAAAUCAAGGAAUUCAUUCGUGUAAUUUCUUGCAAGCGAUAGUGAAGAGCUCGCAAUUCCCUUUCUGCCGCAUCAGUAAGCGCCAUCGGACCAAGACCUGACAAUUGAAAGAAGCUCAAGUCGAUCGAUCGUCGAGCCGAGAAAUCAUCGGUAUUAAUCGCUACCAGAAAAUUUUGCCAGAAAAGACGAGUGUCAAGCAAGAUAUGAUGGCAGUCGCAGCCGCCCAGAAGAACCGCGAGAUGUUCGCCAUCAAGAAAUCUUACAGUAUUGAGAACGGGUAUCCAGCACGAAGACGGUCUCUUGUAGACGAUGCCCGCUUUGAGACGUUGGUCGUCAAGCAGACGAAGCAAAGCGUACUCGAGGAAGCUCGACAACGAGCGAAUGACACGAACGUCGAUCAGACAAUAACUUGUACUCAGGAGCAACAAGGACAAGGAGAGCAUUAUGUUGAUGCUUCAUCAAGUGACGACGAACAAGCAGAGUCGUUAAUUUGCGCAGCAAAGAAAGAAGAAGCGAAAGCUGAGGCUUCGUCGGACAGUGAUGGAAAACCAGAUGACGAUUAUGAUGACGAUGCCGGAUUAACCGAGGAGGAAGUUGUACUUGCGAAGACCAUAGCGGAGUCUCCGGAGACCGAGCAGAGCGUGCAGAAAGCGGCGUUGGUUCUGAGACUGCGAGAGGGCAUCGGCUCUCUGGGCAGAAUCUUGAAGACAAUCGAAAAUUUCAAGGGCAUAAUUACGCAUGUCGAGACGCGGCCUUCGAAGAAGGAGGGUCUGCAGUUCGAAGUCUUGGUCAAGAUCGACAUGAGCAGGCAGAGCCUGCUCCAGCUGAUUAGAAAUCUACGACAGAGCUCGGCGUUGGACGGCGUGACUCUGUUGGCCGACAAUUCCGUCAGCAUCAAAGAUCCCUGGUUUCCCCGUCACGCCUCCGACCUUGACAAUUGUAAUCAUCUGAUGACCAAGUACGAACCGGAUCUUGACAUGAGUCAUCCGGGCUUCGCGGACAAGGAAUACCGCGCCCGUCGCAAGGUCAUUGCCGAAAUCGCUUUCGCUUACAAGUACGGGGAUCCGAUACCCAGCAUUCCUUACACCGAGACGGAGAACGAGACCUGGUCGCGCGUUUUCAUCACCGUGCUGGAUCUGGUGCCGAAGCACGCGUGCGUGGAAUACCAGAGAGUCUUCAAGAAAUUGCAGGAGGAGAGAAUCUUUGAACCCCAUCGUAUACCGCAGCUGCAGGAGGUCAGCGAUUUCUUGAAGAGAAACACGGGAUUCACUCUUCGACCGGCUGCCGGUCUCUUGACGGCGCGCGACUUCCUGUCUAGUCUUGCCUUCAGAGUAUUCCAAAGCACUCAAUAUGUUCGUCACAUUAACAGCCCGUAUCACACUCCCGAGCCAGACUGCAUCCAUGAGCUCUUGGGUCACAUGCCGCUUCUGGCCGAUCCUAGUUUUGCUCAAUUCUCGCAAGAGAUCGGUUUGGCAUCCCUCGGUGCCUCGGAUGAGGAAAUCGAGAAACUGUCGACCAUCUAUUGGUUCACGAUCGAGUUUGGUCUCUGCAAAGAAGGCAGCGAAGUCAAAGCUUACGGUGCUGGUUUAUUGUCAGCCUAUGGCGAACUCUUGCACGCAUUGAGCGAUAAAUGUGAGCACCGAGCAUUCGAUCCGUCAACCACCGCUCUUCAAAAGUAUCAAGAUCAAGAAUAUCAGCCGAUAUAUUUUGUGGCUGAAAGCUUCGAGGAUGCCAAGGAAAAAUUCCGCCGCUGGGUAGCUGCCAUGAGUCGGCCAUUCGAGGUCAGGUACAAUCCGCAUACGCAACGCGUCGAAGUUCUCGAUAGCGUUGAUAGAUUGGAGGAUCUGAUUUCUCAACUUAACACCGAGAUGACCCAUCUCACGAAUGCUAUCACCAAAAUGAAGAGACAUUUUGCGUAAGAAUGAGAACUUCCGCAUCUUCGUUAUAUUGAUUCGGUUAUUUCUUGUGCGAACCAUCGGACCUUGAAGUCGAUCAUGUGUUCAAUUUAAUUAUCACUCUCUUGAACUUUUUGGCGACAAUAAUUUUUGAUAAUCUCAUUGCUUGUCAAGAUUUAGUGAUGCGUCUUUUAAUGGCAUAUUUCAAGAGUGUGUGUUAGUUUGAUCAGUAAUUUUGAGAAAAUUACAGACCGAAAAAUGUUGAUUUUAUAAAGAUUUUUUGUGUCAGAACUUCUAAGUUCGAUGGAGAACUUCAUUAUCAUCAUCCUCGUUGCGCUCAUCAAUUUGUCCGCCAUUGUAUAAAGUCGUUCAUUAGUGUGUUGUACGCGUGUACGCGCAUCGGUUAUAUACUAUAUAAAAAAAAGCCAAUCUUUGGUUGUACGCGAAUGUUACUCAACAUAAUAUUGCUGGAUUGCGUCAUGAUAAUCGCACGGCUUUAUUGAAUAAUGAAUCAUUAAUGGAUGAUAAUUUAUGAUAGCCCAAUCUCUUGCCCUCGAGUAUUCUUUACGAGGUGCCAAAUGAGUGAAAAAUACAUAUCACAAGGUUAUCUUCGUACAGUAAGAUAGCAUCAUUUCUUUCGCUAUAGCUGCACGUACGCGCGUAUAUGAUUCACACAUUACUAUUAUAAUAUUAUUAUUAUUAAUUAUUAUUAAUACUACUCUGUUUUAUUAUAUUAUAUAAUAUUGUAUUAGUUUAGCAUAAACGUUUUUAUGCAUGAGUUCGCUUAAUUCAGCAAACACUGGCAUCUGCCCCGAUAUUUAAUAGAGCAGUCUAUGUUUAGAAAAAGUUGUAAUGUGCGAGAUGGUAAGAGUUAUCGUAGUCUUAAAAAACUUAUAGAACUCGCAAGCUCGAUUCUUCGUGACGAUAGAACUCGUCAUUUGGAUGUGAGAGUACAGUAUUCUUUUCUUUUGCGAAUAAAUUGACAGACGGCAGCAGUAUGUGGAGUCGUUUGGGGAGUCUUUCUUUGACUAGCCGACAAGGACGAGAGUUUACCGAAUGUCCUUAUUGGUUUGUCAUACUUUGUUUAGAAUUUAUGUACAUUGAAUUAAACAGUAUUUCUUAAAAUAUAUAUUUUUAAGUCGUGUUCUUACUUAUAAUUGUUAGAUAAUCCAACAUGUCGCUUCUUCUUCGGUCAAACUCUUUGGAGAUUUUCUAGUCUUCAGUUGCAGAAGUCACGAAGCGACGUUGCUUUAGAGAGGCACUAUUUAGCGAGUAUUGCGAGUCCCCGCUUAUGCACGCUGUGCUUUUAAACCUAUCGCGCUGAUUCGUACGAAAUAUCUUUUCGUACGUUUACGUAUGCGUGUAACCCACCCUUGUUAGAUUGUAGUAAAGGCGGUCGAUACAUAUAACAUGUUUCCUUUGUAUUAUAUUGUAAAGUACUCAGAGCAUAUAAUAAAAAAUUAAGAUAUAAAUCUUA